AUGUCUAAUCUCUCCUUCAAGUCUGAAUUUUUGCUGCUGGAAUUCUCAGAGGUCCGGGAACUGCAGAUCUUACACUCCCUGGUAUUCCUGGUGUUGUACUUGGCAACCAUGAUGGAGAAUCUUCUCAUCAUUGCCGCAAUAGCUGUUGACCAUCACCUGCACACUCCCAUGUACUUCUUCCUCAUGAAUUUGGCCAUUCUGGACAUUGCUUCUAUUUCUGUCAUCAUACCCAAAUCGAUCGCCAAUUCCAUCACAGGCAGCAGGUCGAUCUCUUAUUCUGGAUGUGCCGCUCAGGUUUUCCUUUAUUUCUUAUUUGAAACCACAGAUUUUGUCAUUCUGACUGUGAUGGCGCGUGAUCGCUAUGUCGCUAUCUGCAACCCACUGCAAUAUGAGACAAUUAUGCACAAAGCAGCCUGUGUUCAAAUGGCUGGCAGCGCGUGGAUUGCUGGUUUUCUCAAUGCUGCGAUGCAUACGGGUAGCACGUUUUCUCUGCAUUUCUGCUCUAAUGUUGUGAAUCAGUUCUUCUGUGAAAUUCCUUCACUGCUGAGUAUUUCCUGUUCAGACCUGUACCUAGUUGGAGUGGGACUUCUUGCAUUUACUUCUGGCUUGUCAUUAGGCUGUUUCAUUUUUAUCAUUGUAACCUAUGUACAAAUCUUCACUGCAGUACUUAAAAUCCCUUCAGUACAUGGUCAGAGAAAGGCCCUUUCUACUUGCAUCCCCCACCUCACUGUUUUCUGCCUGUUUGAGACCACUGCUGUCUUAGCCUAUACAAGGUCCCCAACUAAUUCUUCAUCAGGCCAAGACCUAGUCAUUGCUAUUAUAUAUACCAUGGUCCCACCCUUAAUGAAUCCAGUGAUCUACAGCAUGAGGAACAAGAGCAUAAAGGCUGCACUAUGGAAACUAUUGGGUAUCGGGCAUUCUUUAGAUAGUAUUUCCAGAAUUGCCCUGUGA